GGAGAUCCUCUCUUGCACCAGAGCUGGCCUUUGACUCUCAUUUCUGCUGAGGAAGCAAGUGAUUUCUGGGACAGAAUGCGGCCACUCGUCCUUCUGUUAGCCACACUGCUGCCUGUGGCAAACGUGGUAGCCAUGGAGUCUUCUCUGGACACAAUGCUGGAUUCUCAGUGGGAGCUUUGGAAGAAAAUUCACCGGAAAGAUUAUAAUGGCAAGAUGGAAGAAGUUCCCCGAAGGGUCAUCUGGGAGAAGAACCUGAAAUACAUCAACACCCAUAAUUUGGAAUUCUCCCUGGGAAGACACACCUUUGAGCUGGCCAUGACACUGGGGGACAUGACCAGCGAGGAAGUCGUUCAGAAGAUGAUGGGGCUUAAAGUCCCUCCGUCCCGUACCCAAAAUAACGAGACUCUUUACAUUCCUGACUGGGAGAAAAUCCCAGAUUCUGUUGAUUACCGGAAAAAGGGCUACGUAACCCCAGUCAAAAACCAGGGCCAGUGUGGGUCCUGCUGGGCAUUCAGCUCGGUGGGCGCUCUGGAGGGGCAGCUGAAGAAGAAGACGGGCAAAGUGCUUAAUCUGAGCCCCCAAAAUCUCGUGGACUGCGUCACCAGCAACAGCGGCUGCGGUGGGGGCUACAUGACCAACGCCUUUGAGUAUGUGAAGGAGAACCGGGGAAUCGAUUCGGAUGUCUCUUAUCCCUACAUCGGCCAGGAUGAAAAUUGCAUGUAUAAUCCCACCGGUAAGGCUGCCAAGUGCCGCGGUUUCAGAGAGAUCCCGGAAGGCAACGAGCGGGCUCUGAAAAGGGCCGUAGCCCGGAUCGGCCCAGUUGCGGUGGGCAUCGAUGCCAGCUUGUCUUCCUUCCAGUUCUACAGCCGAGGGGUGUAUUACGAUGAAAACUGCAAUGCCGGUAACAUCAAUCACGCUGUCCUGGCGGUGGGUUAUGGGACUCAAAAGGGCACCAAGCACUGGAUUGUGAAAAACAGUUGGGGGGAAGACUGGGGUGACAAAGGCUACAUCUUCAUGGCCAGGAAUAUGGACAACGCCUGUGGAAUUGCCAACUUAGCCAGCUUCCCAAAGAUGUGAGCAACGGUGGCCAAAUCCUGGUGGCAGAUCCUGGUCCUUCCUUGGCCGACGGCUGGAUUCCAGAGCCGAUGAGAGGGACACUGAUACAUAAGGGGACCCAUUUGGCUUCAUAAGCAGUGCUGAGAGUGCAUUAAAAAAUUUAACCUUCCGGGUUUUUUUUAAAAAAAAAAAUUGUUGCUGCAUUUUUUUUUUUCCUUUGCAAAGAGCUGGAGAGCUGUCUUCCUCGGAGGCAUAACUUUUCAAAUAGAAAAACCCAAAUGGAAAAACCUUGGUCUGGAAGUGUUUUCUUGGCUUCUGAAGUAAGAACUGCUUAAAAAAAAAAAAAA